GUGAUCUCAUGUAUCUGUAUGGAACCGGAGGAGGCAAGGCAAAUAGGUGCAAAUUGGCAGUAAGGUCUAGGGGUUUGACAAGUGUUGCCUUUGGGGAGAGUAGCCAGAAUGCUGGAUGAUUUUCUCCAGAGAGUAUCGUCUCCCCUGCAAUACAGUUAAAGAGCUUGUUGACUUGGAACAGAAGACAGAAGCAGUCCUUUGAGUGUCGCUUGCGAACUUACCAAUUACUAUAGGCCAAGAAAAAAACAUUAUUUUUGGAUAUUUCUGGUGACUUUGUUAACAUUUCGUCAAAGAAAACAAAAUGAAUUUGGGUCAGCUAUUAAGGCUUUUCUUAUCGGCAACUGUUGCUUGCGAGGCCAUGACUAUUGCAUCAGGUUGUGAAGGAUCUGAAUGUACGAAAACUAUAGCCGUAUUGACCAAAACGAUAGAAUCCGGGAAGCCAACACAGAACGUUGAUUACCUGAAUCAAUUCAAUGAGAUGAACUCUCCUACUGGGGACCGAAAACAUCGCGAUGCGGGCUCUGUCCUACCAUUCAUCGGCCUAACUGGAAGUUCAAAACAGAGUCGAAACUGUUGUAAAAACGGUGGCACUUGUAUUUUGGGGAGCUUUUGUGCAUGUCCACCACACUUUACCGGCCGGAGCUGUGAAUAUGACGAACGCGUCAGGAGCUGCGGGGUCAUUCCUCAUGGAGAGUGGGUGCAGAAAGGCUGUUCCUAUUGCAGAUGUGGAUACGGGCUGUUGCACUGUUUUCCUGAGGUGUUCCAUAACAACUGUGGUGAUGACCAGGAAGUCCACUGGUUUCGUUCGACGGGUGUCAGAAUUCGGCAGACCAAGUACACCCUCUGCGCUGGACUACCGUUUCUGGUUUUGCUCAUUUGAUGAACUACAUAUGUGGAAGAUGUGAUGGAUUUCGGCCUCAAAAGAGCUUCAUGAAAUAUCUGCAUCACUGAAUUGUAAUAUCCUUCCAGUGGAAGCCUGAACUACAACUUGCUAUUUCAAAAGCAACCGUCUUGUAAAUGUGAUGAAGACUGUACAUAAGAUUUUUAUAGCAAAAUAUUUGAUAUUGUGCUUUUUAUUCUAAUUCUUUCUUUCUGGACUUGAUGAAUACCUGUUUUUGUGGUUGUAGCUAAGGCUUCAAUUAUUUAAUGUAUCCUGUGUUGGUACUCAGUUGUUUCACGAAUUGAGGAUGAUGAAUUGUUUGUCUCUUGUAGUACACAUUUCAACAAAUAUUAUGACAUUUUGACAGUUUUUUGUAAGUGUCUCUGCAGAAGCAGUAAGUUUCUCUUCUGAAACAAGUUCUGUUUGAGUUUUCUUCUAAGUUGGAUUUGCUGUUCAAAAGUAUUUUUGCUGUUGCUAUCUACAGGGACUGGGAGAGAGUUUGAUAACGCUUGUACGACCUAUGCUUGUUGACCCUUUUGCCUGUUUUUUUUCUUAUCUAAGAUAAACAGUUAAACUAGCCAAUCAAUCAACAGUAUUGACACUCUGUUAGUGUGUUAGUAGUCGUUGCUCAGUCAAACCUGCUUGUAUUGCCUAUGCCGGUAAUAGAAUGGGUUCAUGUCAUUAAAAUUCCUGAUAAGUUGAUAUUGACGGUUUAUUUGUGCAUCCAUAUUAUAUUGAAAAAACCUGGAAUCUGAUGUGAAUUAUAAGGUUACUCGAUAAUCCAUGUAGUUGGAGAGUUGUCUUAUAUUUUAUAGGUUUUAAUUAGCAUUCAGUGUUUUCAAA